AUGGCCAGGAUUCUUGUGAAUAAGCUGAGCAAUGUGUCUCUGCCAUUGCCACAUGCGGUGGACGUCGACACCUUCCCUGGUUCUGUGGCAAAGACUACCCCAAGAUGCAGCCGCAGCUUCACCCUCGACCUCACAGUCCUCGGGCAAGCCAGCAACCUUCGCAUGACAGCGCCCGAGGACUGGCAGCCCACGGACGCCUAUGUGCCAGCAGGCGAGGUCUUUCAGAUCGUGCUGCCGGAGACUCUGUCGGAGGCACGGGCGGACCAGAUCACCGCCCGCGUGGGGGCCCAGCGCGACGUCCUGGGUCCGGAAUCUGGCAACGUCGUCGACCAACGGAAGUUCAUGAGGUGUCCCGUCGUGUCGGAGGAGUUCGAACUGAAGCCAGGCGUGAAUACCUUGCGCAGCCAGUUCGGAGGGAGUCUCAUAUUUACAUACGAAGAAGGUGAGAAUUUUACCACCAUUGCGGAGGUCCGCAAUGUGGUUGAAGCCCCCUUCUACGUCAUGGGCCAAACCACCACCUCCCAGUGGGCAAAGAUGAAGGAGCUGGAUGCUCCCUACUGCGUGCUGGUGGGCGACAAGGUGGUAGUUGUAGCCCCUACUAAGGCGGCGUGGAAACUCUCGGAUCCCAAAAGACUGCUGCGUCGAUACGAUGACGUCAUUGGGAUGUUAGAAUCCCUCUCAGGAUUCACUGCCGGCGACCCGCCUCCCCGGGGGAAGCAGUGGAUAGUGGACGAUGUGCAGAUCUCCUGCGGAAGCGCCCAUGCCGGCUUCCCCGCCAUGUUCGACCGCCAAUAUUACGACCUGACUUCCCUGGGUACCCCGCACGACUGGGUUUCGUGGCACGAGUUGGGGCAUAACUACCAGCAGGGGGAAUGGUGGUCUUACACAUAUGGCUCGGAGUCGACAGUCAACCUGUUUUCCUGUUACAUUGAAGAGCAAAUCGGGAUAGGGAACCGAUUGCAGCGAGAAAACAGGUACAUGGAAACCGCCUUCGCAGUAGACAAAGGCUUGACCUUCGAAGCAGCUGACUGUUGGCAAAAGCUCGUGUUUCUGAUGGAAAUCAAGAAUGCUUUCCCCUACCCGGGCUGGGACAUGUUCCGGAAUCUGAACCGGUCGGUCCGGGCUCUCUCGCCCGAGCAGGCCGACCAACUGGCAGCGAGCGAGCAGCGCAAGUUGGACUACGUGUACAAAAUCCUGAGCCGCGAAGUGGGAGCCGACCUGAUCCUCCACUACGAGCGCUGGGGAAUCUUCAUUUCCCCCGAGGCCAGGCUGGAAAUUCAGCAGGAGGGAUUUGGGAAGGCGCCGGAAGACCUUACAGGGAGUCUCAACGACGAAUUGUUAUACCCAAUAGAGUUGUCAGAAAAGAAAUAUGAAUUUGAUUUGUGA